CUAUUGUAAUCGAAACAUUCACAUUUGGACGCCAUAUUGUCAUGUCAGAGUUUUGACGGUGGAUGGUGAAUGCUUGAGAAAAUAAUUUUCUACAACAAAUUGUUCUAAAUCGUGUUUUACAAUUUAAGUGCGUCUUAUUUACUAAGACGCUGGGUGCAGCUAGCAUCCUGUGAACCAUGAGCUAUCAGAUUCCGACUUCACAAAGCCGCACAAUGUCUCACAGCAACUAUGGAGGAUCUGAUGUGCCGAUGGCCCCCAGCAAGGAGCAGCAAACCCUGCUGUGGCAGCAGAACUCCUACCUUGUGGAUUCUGGUAUCAACUCCGGAGCUGCCACUCAGGUGCCAUCUCUUACUGGCAAAGAAGAUGAUGAAAUGGAAGGAGAUCAGCUCAUGUUCGACCUGGACCAAGGGUUUGCCCAGGGUUUUACCCAGGAGCAAGUUGAAGACAUGAAUCAGCAGCUAUCUCAGACCCGCUCCCAGCGUGUCCGAGCCGCCAUGUUCCCGGAGACCUUGGAGGAGGGUAUCGAGAUCCCGUCCACUCAGCUGGACCCUGCGCAGCCCACUGCUGUCCAGCGCUUGUCGGAGCCUUCGCAGAUGUUGAAACAUGCUGUUGUCAACCUGAUCAACUAUCAGGAUGAUGCUGAUUUGGCUACAAGAGCCAUUCCCGAGUUGAUCAAGCUCUUGAAUGACGAAGAUCAAGUUGUAGUAUCUCAAGCUGCCAUGAUGGUCCACCAGCUCUCGAAGAAGGAAGCCUCCCGCCACGCCAUCAUGAACUCUCCUCAAAUGGUGGCCGCCUUGGUCCGCGCCAUAUCCAACAGCAACGACCUUGAGACUACCAAGGGAGCUGUCGGGACCUUGCAUAACUUGUCGCACCACCGUCAAGGCUUACUCGCCAUCUUCAAGAGCGGAGGAAUACCCGCUCUCGUCAAACUACUAAGCUCUCCCGUGGAAUCCGUCUUGUUUUACGCUAUCACCACCCUCCAUAACCUACUCUUGCAUCAAGAUGGCUCUAAGAUGGCCGUACGCUUGGCCGGUGGCCUUCAGAAGAUGGUGGCGUUGCUUCAGAGGAACAACGUCAAGUUCCUAGCGAUUGUGACUGACUGCCUCCAGAUCUUGGCCUAUGGAAAUCAGGAAUCGAAGUUGAUCAUCCUCGCGUCUCAGGGACCGAUCGAAUUAGUGCGAAUCAUGCGCUCUUACGAUUACGAAAAAUUGUUGUGGACUACUUCAAGAGUUUUGAAGGUCCUUUCUGUGUGCUCGAGCAACAAGCCGGCCAUCGUCGAGGCCGGCGGCAUGCAGGCGCUCGCCAUGCACCUCGGCAACCCGAGCGGCCGCCUCGUGCAGAACUGCCUCUGGACCUUGAGGAACUUGUCCGAUGCUGCCACUAAGUUGACGUUUCCCCAGGUCGAGGGGCUGGAAAACCUGCUUUCCAGCCUGGUACAGGUGUUGGCCUCCACCGACGUCAACAUCGUCACCUGCGCUGCUGGCAUCCUGUCCAACUUGACGUGCAACAACCAACGCAAUAAGGUGACCGUCUGCCAAGCCGGCGGCGUGGACGCGCUGGUGCGCACGGUGGUGUCGGCGGGCGACCGCGAGGAGAUCACGGAGCCGGCCGUGUGCGCGCUGCGCCACCUCACCUCGCGCCACGUCGAGAGCGAGAUGGCGCAGAACGCCGUGCGUCUGCACUACGGCUUACCGGUGAUCGUGAAGCUGCUGUCGCCGCCGUCGCGCUGGCCGCUGGUGAAGGCGGUGGUGGGGCUGGUGCGCAACCUGGCGCUGUGCCCGGCCAACCACGCGCCCCUGCGCGAGCACGGCGCCGUGCACCAUCUAGUGCGCCUGCUCAUGCGCGCCUUCAACGACACGCAGCGGCAACGCACCUCAGUCCCGGGCGGCACCGGCACGGGCGGCGCCUACGCCGACGGCGUGCGCAUGGAGGAGAUCGUGGAGGGCGCCGUGGGAGCCCUGCACAUCCUGGCUCGCGAGGGGCUCAACCGUCAGCUCAUCCGCCAGCAGAACGUCGUGCCAAUCUUCGUGCAGCUGCUGUUCAACGAGAUCGAGAACAUACAGCGCGUGGCGGCGGGCGUGCUGUGCGAGCUGGCGGCCGACAAGGAGGGCGCCGAGAUGAUCGAGGCCGAGGGCGCCACGGCGCCGCUCACUGAGCUGUUGCAUUCUCGUAACGAAGGAGUCGCAACAUACGCUGCCGCUGUCCUGUUCCGCAUGUCCGAAGACAAGCCUCACGACUACAAGAAGAGGCUUUCCAUGGAGCUCACCAACUCGCUCUUCCGCGACGACCACCAGAUGUGGCCCAACGAUCUUGGAAUGCAGCCCGAUUUACAGGACAUGCUCGGACCAGAGCAGGGCUAUGAGGGGCUGUACGGUACCCGACCGUCCUUCCAUCAACAAGGAUACGAUCAAAUACCGAUAGACUCGAUGCAGGGCCUUGAGAUCGGCAGUGGGUUCGGUAUGGACAUGGACAUUGGCGACACCGAGGGCGCCGGCGCCGCCUCCGCCGACCUGGCCUUCCCGGAGCCGCCGCACGACAACAACAAUGUAGCGGCCUGGUACGACACAGACCUCUAAACCUACACACCCAUUUGAGUAGUAUACUCUGGCACACCCAGCUUGUCAGUAAAAACAAGAAGCGAAGAGUUGACGUCCUAUAAAAAAUCGAGCUUUUUUCUAUUGAUAAGGUCGGUGUGUUUGAGUGUAUGAGCACAAGAAUAACGAAACUGCUGAAAUAAUAACUUUAGAAACCCACGUUUUUCCUGAUAAUUUUGAUUAUUAAUUUUUAAAUGUAAAGUCGUCAUUGUCAAUCGGUAAUCAGGAGAUAAUAUGCUUUCCACGUUGCGCUAAGCCAGUUCUUAGUCCAGGGUGGAGAAAUAAAAAUUAUACCGACGUGUCGACACAUUUCCUUAAGAGCUAGAUCUCGUAAUCAAAUUUUAAUUAAAAUAUUGUAGGAGCAUAUCGAGGCUCUCUGGAACAUGUGAGAUUUCCAAUAGAAACCUGUGAUACACAAAGCAGCUUUAUGUCAAUUCAGUGUUGCCAAUAUAUGCAUUGUCAUAUGGAAUUAAAGUAUACAUUUGCAUGACUUCGUUUCGAAAGUAUUAGAAAACUAUAAUGACAUAAACCGCCUAUGAGUUUCAAAAUUACUUUGGUGCUAAGUUGAAGAGCUUACUGGAUAUAUUAUAAUUAUGUUUUAUGCUAGUAUAGCAGAAUAUCAAAUCCACCGAUAUAUUAAAAUGAUACCCGAAGGUAGCCCUGCGUUGAUGAAUAUCGGUCUAUUUCACGCGAAACGUGAGUUUAUUCGGAAAAUAGGGUAAAUCAUUUUGUAAGGUUUUGUAGCCUUUAAAUUAUAUAGCUAAAUGUAUUAAUCGGUAUUAAACUCUAGCAAUUUUCAUUUCUUCCUAAUCAAUGGUUUUGAGAUUUUGUUACACAUUUUAUACUUGAUAUCUUUUUCUCUAUUUAGUUAAAAAAGGAUAAGACUGUCCUGUAAUCAUAUAAGGCGUGUAUGUUAAAGUAAAUUUUAGUAUUUGACUGCCAUUUUUUAUUUCAAUCAAGAUGUUCGAUGAUAUUUAAGGUUGAUGCCGUUGUGGCUGGUAUGGUUGAUAAAUAGUAUAUUAAUUUUGUUUAGUAUAGUUGAGUAUUUGAUUUAAUUAAAUGAUAAUGUGAUUAGUAUUUCUCCGGACUAUAGUUUUAAGCAAAUAGUUUGAUUUAUCCAUGGUUGAUGUAGCAGUGAAUAUCUCUAAUGGUUGUACGAUGUAGAUACAACUCGACGCCAAACUGUAAGGAAGGGUUUUCGCAUUUAGACACUAGGUUACUAAAAGAAAACGGCUUUAAAACUCCACCCUUAUUUUACGCCAUAAUCUUAACAAUAGUGUUUAAGGGUGGCCAUGAAAUGUGUCAGGGAUAUUUUCUUUGCAUUUGGUACUUAUUUUCUCUACAGGCCAUAUGAUAUACAUAAACAAUGCAUUCUAAAAUAGACCUUGCACGUUCUGUACUUCAACUGUAGAAAAUGCACUCAAAAUUAACUAGAACCAUAGCAGAAUGUAAUUUUUAGAUCAUAAUCGUUAGAAUAAGACUUAAAACCUAGAAUUACGUAAUCGCCCUCAUCUAGGGUCCUCUUAUGUAAUUUUUUUAUUGAUACUUAUUUAAAAGACUUUGCCAAUGUUUUUAUACGUUCGAUUAUGAAAACAUUGCUGAAGUACGUAUGAGAUUUUGUGUCCAUUUGUGUAUGGAUAAUAAAUAAAUUUGAUUAUAUAA